CAGGAAGUGUUCUGCCAUUCCAGCGCUGACUGUGCAGACUGCUGCUGCUGCUGUUGUUGUCUGCCUUCAUCUAUAACACUGCUUCCUCUGAGGCAUGGCUGUCACCAGGAGAACCUGCUGAAGACCCCUCUCCUCCUGGACAGACACAUGGAAACAUUCAGACAAGAUGGGCUCCAGACUGAAACAAAACCCUGAGCGAACCUUCAACUGGUUCUUUGAAGCAACAUGUCCCGUGGCCAUAGACAAAGAUCCUGGGGUGCUGUUUCAGUUUCCAGAAGACUUUAAUGAUGAGGAGUCCUGUCAGACAUUACCCAGGUUCUGUUUCCCAUAUGACAUACAAAGAGUGAGGGACGGGGUUGCUGUGCAGCACUUUACUUUUGUUCUGACUGACCUUGAGGGAUGCCAGCGCUUUGGCUUCUGUCGUCUCAACAACAGCACACAUAACUGUCUUUGCAUUCUCAGUUAUCUCCCCUGGUUCGAAGUGUUUUACAAACUUCUCAACAACUUGGCUGAUUACCUUACCAAAGGACAGACCACUGAGAUGAAAGGGCUCCUAUCUGAACUCUACAAACAGCCCAUUCCACUGGCCGAUGGAUCGGUCACUCUGCAAAUGGGAGAGCAGGUGUUGGUCAGCACAAAGGUGUCCUGUCCUGUUGGACAGCCAGAGGGGCAAAAGGGGGUUCCAUAUUUCAUUGCUCCAGACCCUAGAAGUCUCCCUUCCAUCCCUGAAAAUAGGAACUUGACAGAGCUGAUUGUAGCAGUGGAUGUUGGAAACCUUCUUCAGCUGUAUGCCAGCAUGCUGUUUGAGAGACGCAUCCUCAUCUUUGCAAGCAAACUGAGCACACUGACAUCUUGUGUGCAUGCACUUAGUGCUGCAUUAUAUCCAAUGUACUGGCAACAUAUCUUCAUUCCUGUCCUGCCCCCACAUCUACUGGAUUACUGCUGUGCACCUAUGCCUUAUCUAAUAGGGGUCCACACCAGCCUAUCUGAGAGGGUGAGGAGUCGCGGGUUGGAGGAGGUUGUAAUUCUAAAUGUGGAUACAAACACACUUGAAACCCCAUUUGACGACCUUAAGCGGAUUCCUUCAGAUGUGAUGUCCGGGCUGAAGGUGUGUUUAAAGCGUCAGGCGGUGUCACCAGGCUCUGGUGUCUCCCGGGCCUUCUUGAAAGCUCAAGCUCUGUUGUUUGGAGGCUACAGGGAUGCACUACAGGGCCAAAAGGAAGGUGAAAUACAUUUCAGUAAAGAGCUGUUUCUAGAUCACAAAUCUUCCAGUAUGAGGCAGUUCCUGCAGAGCGCCAUUCAUUUACAGUUUUUCAAACAGUUCAUCGACGAUCGCUUGGAUAUUGUAAACAAAGGGAAGGAACCAGAUGACCUUUUUGAGGAGGAAAUAAUAAUGUGUGAAACAACAGCAGGAAAAAGCAAAUCCUACCAUCAAUUAGUCGGUAAUUUAAAGAAAGGGGGCGGAGCUUUAAUCCAUAACAUGAAGACCAAAGCAAACAUGAGGGCCAAAGGUCUGACCAAGUCAGGUUUGAAGAACCUGCUGAUUAACAAGGCGCAAAAUGAGGAACGCUCCCUCCAGAGAGGCGGGUCGGUAUCAUACCGACGAGCCCAGUCUGACAGCUUGCAGAACCGCCUGCCAAUCACACAACACUUUGGGAUGUCACGACCCUGCCGGCCUGUGAAGAAACUCAGAGACAAGGAUAACACAAAGGACUCUGAAGAUCCAUGGAAUAGCGCAGUGUUUGAGUCUGUGUCCAAAACUGAUUCUGAGCUCCAGCGGGAUGAAGAGGAGGGAGAUGAUUCGCCACUGUGUGACCCAGAGGAGAUGGAUCUCCUUGGGGAGAUCUUCGACACUCUCAGCUCACGUAGCUCCCACGAACGAGGCGUGCUGUACGGCACUCGCAGUCUGGAUCUGUUUGGACCAGACAGUCAUGACUAUAUCACAAAACGUGGUCCAGGCCACCCGAGCCAGGAGAGCCUGUCUCUGUCCAUCAGCGGCAGUGGCAGCCUCCAUAGCUGGAAUCUGGAGACCACCGAGGAGCUGUCAGACCUGACGGAGGACUCUGACUGGCUGUGUCUGGACACCAGCCUGGCAGAGGAAGAGGGGGCAGAUGAUCUGCAUGUGGCAUGUGAAUUAAGACAGCAGGACAGGGGACAGAAAGAGGACAGAGAAAAAGAGCAAGAGACAAAUGUAGCAAUAAAUGGAAAACAGGAAGGAGAAGAAAUGUUUGACAGAAAUACAUUAAAGGAAGUGAAACUAGAAGAGGACAGAAUGACAGAAGAUCAGAAAAUUCACACGCAUUUAGUGGAGGACCCUGUCAACGACAUGACCGAAGGGAGAGAGGACGAAGAGGUGAAGGACAAAAAGGAAGACAAACAAAGUGAGGGUGAGGAAGCGGCUGCAGGACAGGAGACACAAACAGGAACCAAUGAAAUGGAAGAAAAUGUGACAGAAGAAAUAAAAGAGAUCCAAGAGAUUAAAGAUUCAUUCAGCAGGUGUACUAAAUUGAAUCCCAGUCAUCCAAACGCAGUGCAGGAGCAGCAAGAUGAAGAGAAAAUUCCAGCCGUUCUGCAGCAGCCCGAGAGUCUUGCUGCUGACCUUAAACCUCCAGCAGGUCAGGAGAAACAGUGUGAAAUAAAAGCAAAGAAAGAAGAGAAAGAGGUACGACUAAUUUCCUCUUCUCCUAAAAUACAAUCUGCCGUUGUACGAUUCCAGUCUGAAGCACCCAGCAAAGGCUUCCCGGUGAGGCCCAUGACCAAGAUCUUGGCUGCACAAACUCACCAACCACAUGACUCAGAGAGAAAGAAAUGCUCAGAGACGCCUCAGGAGGAAGACUGCCCUCCAAUCAAAGUGUCUGAACUGAAGAAGAGAUUUGAAGCUUAAAGGACAUUGCAGCUUUUCUUACUGUGGAAAAAAACAAGUGUAUUCCGAUUUCCUGUGUCUAUCUACGACUCCAAAUUCCAAGGAUAUUUGUCACAGUGAUAGAGAUGAUAAUGUUAGAAUCUGCUUGAAAAAUGGUUCAUUAAAAAAAGCUCAGCAUUUUUUUUUAA